AUGGAUCCUUCCCUCUCGAAAGAGCAGGUGCGCAGUGAUAACAGUGAGCUAAGGCAAGUGCAACAAGAAGCUGAGAAGAACAUGCUUUCUGUUGACGAAAUAAUAGAAACAUAUGUUGGGGGUUUUGGACGAGCUGAGUUGUUCCAAGUAGUAGUUGUUGCCUUGGCUGGGGCAUUCGAUGCUCAGCAAAUCUUUGUCACCAUUUUUACUGAUGCCCAACCUUCAUGGCGCUGCACUGAUGGCAGUCAAAUAGCAGAAACAGAGAUAUGCAAUGCACAGUCAUCGAUAUGUGAGAUGGAUCCAACAUUGUGGGAAUGGGAGAGAGGGAAAGAGGUAUCUGUCAUCUCAGAGUGGAACCUUAUGUGCGCCAACACCAUCCAAGCAGGCUUUCCUUCUCUGUUUUUCUUUACUGGAGCGUUACUGGGUUCUAUAAUAAUGGGACCGUUGGCAGAUUCAUGGCUGGGUCGUAAACGAACUCUUGUGCUUUCCACUGUGAUGCUUUCACUGACGGGCUGUUUAACAUCUGUUUCGCCGAACAUUUGGUUCUACUCUCUCCUUCGAGCUCUCACAGGCUUCGGCAGAUCCUCAAUUGGAACUUAUUGUCUGGUUCUCUCUACUGAGCUUGUGGGUCGCAAAUGGAGAAGUCUCAUUGGUUUUAUUGGUUAUUUCUCCUUCACCUUGGGAUUCCUUUCACUUCCAGCCCUUGCUUACCUCACCAGAAAUUCUUUUUCCUGGAGAAGCACAUACAUCUACAUCUCCGUACCUCCUCUGGCAUAUUCUUUGCUGCUCCUUUUAGUUUGGGAGUCCCCCAGAUGGCUACUCCUCAGUCGAAAUUCCGCAGAGGCUCUAAAAUGUUUGAGAAAAAUGGCAGAAAGUAACGGAAGAGUAAUACCAGAAAAUAUAGAGAUAGAAGACUGCAUUGCAGAGAGUCGAACAGAGUCUUCUUUAUCAUUGUUGUGGACAACGAAGUGGGCUCGCUCAAGGCUCAUGUCAACAAUGGCAGUGGGCUAUGGCAUAGGACUCAUCUAUUACGGAAUGCCCUUUGGAGUAGUAAGUCUGGACUUCGAUUUGUAUCUGAGUGUCACAUUUAACGCUCUCUCAGAGGUUCCAGCGGCCAUUUUAGCCACUAUUACUGUUGCUAAGUCUGGUCGCAGAAGGGCAAUGAUCCUGUUAACACUAAUGAGUGGUAUGUUCUGCUUUCUGUGUGUGUUGUGCUCAAUGAGAAUAGGAGAUGCACCCAAUUCAACUGCAAAUAGAAAGAAUUGGGCACAGAUUGCUGCCGAAGUAGGAGCAUUUUUUAGUGCAGUUAUAGGGUUCGACGUGCUGCUGAUUUAUUGCUUGGAAUUGUUUCCAUCGAGUGUUCGAAACUCGGCCAUGUGA